GGCAUGACGUCAUAAACAAUGCCGGUGCUCGGCGUGCAGGACGCUGAAGAGUUGUGCUGUUUUGUUUUCCUAAAUCAAAUAUAAUACAUCAUGCUAAGAGGAUUUCCAGUAUGACAGCUCCAUGGCUGAUAUGAAACGUGACUUGAGUAGCUCACUCACGCAUCACUGGAGACCUGAACCUCCCCCAGCAAAUUAAAUUAACAUCACCUAACUUGGGACCAUCAUCCGAAGAUGCCUGCGAUUUCUCCAGCCAUGGUUCUGAUGGAGAAAUCCACUGAACAGCUAAACAGCAAAGUAGAGGUUGAUUGCAAUGUUCACAUUUUCCUUGUAGCGUCAAUUACCAAAAUUAAUGUCUGAUCUGGAGGAUCAAGGGAUAUCUUGGCCUCAGAAGAAUCUCGAGUCAAGAGUACAGAUUUGGUCGGGGGACCUAGGUUACUGGUGUGAUGGAGGUACGUUCAGAGACAGGCCAACAACUCUGUCCACAUCAUCACCAACUUCAGCAGCAGAAGAGAUCGACUGUCGCCCAUGCUCUUGAUGACCAGAAAAAAAUUUACACAGACUGGGCCAACCACUACCUAGCCAAGUCUGGACACAAGCGACUGAUUAAAGACCUUCAACAGGAUGUUACCGACGGCGUUUUGUUGGCGGAAAUAAUUCAGGUUGUAGCUAAUGAGAAGAUCGGAGCUAUCAAUGGAUUUCCUCAGAGUCAAUCACAAAUGAUCGAAAAUAUUGAUGCCUGUCUAGGAUUUCUGGCUGCUAAAGGAUUGAAUAUAAAAGGCGUUUGUGCUGAAGAGAUCCGCAGUGGCAAUCUCAAAGCCAUUUUAGGCCUGUUCUUUAGUUUGUCUCGCUACAAGCAGCAGCAACAGACUUUUAAACAGCCGUCCGGCAAUGCUCAGAAUCUCCAAAACAACCAGGCCCACCGAUGCGCCAGUCCUGCCCUUCCUCCAUACACCUCUACUGGACAAUCUCCUUACAACUCUACCUGCCCCUCUCCUAUCCACCAAAACUUCAUUUCACCUCCAUGUUUGCAAAAACCUUUGACAGACCUACAGUCCAGGCUUCCAAGCCCCUCGGUGAGGGCGACUGGGGUGGGCGGAGAGUGUAAACCUCGAACCUGUAACCCCAACAGACGCAGCCAGAGUUUCAACCAGUGCGACCGAACGAUACCUUCAAUCUCUGUGGGUCCUCACGAAAGAGAGAAAACAACCCCAUCACCCAUAAUGGUUGAACAUGGACCAGUCAGCUCUUUGAUUCCGCCGCCCAGCUGCGCCGCCAGCAGCAGCGCAACAUCUUCCACAUCUAAACCCUGGAGAAGCAAGUCGCUCAGCGCUAAACACACUGCCACAUCCUCAAUGGUGACGGUUAAACAGCCAACUCCAGCUUCUCUUGAGGUUCCUCCCAAAGUCAUCGCCCAGAAGUCCAUGCUGGAAAAGCUCAAGCUCUUCAACAGCAAACCAGGUUCCCGAACCUCCAAGGCAGGAGAUCCGGAUGCUCUAGAACCGGAAGAAGGCCAGGUUCAGGUCUGCCCCAUCCACCCCGAAGCCCAUCCUGGAAACCAGCGGCCCGUCACUCCCAGCAGUUCCAGGAGCUCCAGUCCCAAGCUAGCUCUCAAAGGCAUUGCACAACUGACACUCGGCAGGGCUUUGGCACCCAGAAUAGCGUCCGAAAAAGUGAAAGACAAGUCAAAACUUAAAGAGAAAACCAAGUUUGGCAAACAACUUCCUGUUGCAGAAACUGAGCAUCCUACACCUGUUGCACCCGACUCUAAGAAGUCCAUUCCCAAAGCAAAUAAAAACAGCAAUAUUGCCAAGAAAGAUAUUUCUAAAGCAGCUGUGAGUGGCAUACCCAAACCAAGCCAGGGAGGCAGAGGUUCAGCUGCAAAUAAGGUGUUAGUGUCGCCCCCGUGUGGUGUGGAUGUAGACUGGCCACGGAAUGGAAAGUUAGGAGGUUUGUCUGUGCAUAAGGGACACAAAGACAUUAAAAGCUCAGACUCUUCUUCAAGCUUAGUGUCAGAGGGGAAGAGUAGCCAAGACUUUGCGAUUGGUGCUCAGACUCACUCAAUUGCCAGCAACACAGUCAGCGUGCAACUUCCACAACAACAAUACAACCAUCCCAACACAGCAACUGUCGCUCCAUUCAUGUACAGGUCUCAAACAGAGAUUGAUAAAACCGGGCUGACGGCGGGAGCAGAGGAACGGAGUGAGAAAACAGGCUUAUGCAGUAAAUCCAUUCAUACUUCUCUAGAGAACCUGACAGGUGAGGACUUGGAGAGCAAGAGACUACGUACUGUGAAGAACAUAGCUGAUCUGCGACAAAACCUUGAAGAAACCAUGUCCAGCCUGCGGGGGACGAAUCAUAUUAGUCACAGCACCUUGGAGACGACCUUUGACAGCACAGUAACCACGGAGAUUAACGGGAGGGCCUUGCUUUCACUUAAUCCCCGCCCUGCCUCUGCAUUGCCAUGGCGACUGGGCUCAUCCAGCCCUCGUCUACAAGCCGGCGAUGCCCCUUCAUCAGGGAACGGGUUCGUACACCAUGGUGGAGAUUGUGGACGCCACGUGCGUCAUCAUCAAACAAGCGCACGCAAAGGAGCCGUCCGUGGCCUUGAUUUCUCAGACAAUGUGGAGGAGCUGGAGGGUGUUGCCAUGGAAACACCAGGGUACAUGAGUGAUGGAGAUCUCCUGGGCAAAAGCGUGAGGGUGGACAGUGUCGCUAGUGGCUACAUGACUGAUGGAGGGCUGAACAAGUACACCCGCGGGGUUAACCGAGUCUCGGAUGGAAUGAGCUCUGUAAGAGGGCCCCUACACCACUUCAAUCCUAAAAGUCAAGAUGACACCGAUAGUUGGGACGACAGCAGUUCAGUCAGCAGUGGCAUCAGUGAUACCUUGGAUACAGAUGACCUCAACACCAGCUCAUCCCUUAGCUCCUACAUCAACACCCCAUCAGUCCCACACCGGGACGUAGAGGAACAGCAGCUCCAGACGGAUGCACAGAAGCAUUCGGCCGUGAAACAAACCUCCAACUGGUCCCACGACCUCAAACGUUCAGAAAGGGGCUCUGACGGGGACAUCAAAAUGGAAACCACGUCCAGGUGGAACCAUAGGACCUCAGAUUUUUCAGAUGAAUCUGAACGGAGCUCAACAGGACGCAAGACUCCCAUUAUCUCUCAAACUGGCUCUUGGAGACGAGGCAUGACCGCCCAGAUGGCUGUCAGUUCCCCAAGGACCAAAACAACAACACCUACAAACUGUAGCUCGCUCAAGUCACAUGUCCGUGUCCUCCAACCUCCCACAGGUAAGACCGAUGAUGCCAAGGUGUCGGAGAAAGGACGUCUCUCCCCUCGCUCCAACACGGUUCCCCAUUCCCAGUCGGAACGUCAAACAACCGUCCACGAGACUAAGAAACCUUCCAACUCAACCACACGCACCCCGACCAGUACUUUCGGUUUCAAGAAGCCUUUGGGUUCCAUGGCGACCAUAACGGCAAGCGGUGCCGUGGUAACUAGAGGCUCCGCCACAGUCGGAAAGAUACCUAAAUCGAUUGCCUUUUCCGGGAGCCGGCUUUCCGGCUGUCGACAGGCCAGCGUGGAUGAUGGAUAUUUCCCCCCAAGAGCUCGGACAACUCUUCAGUAUCGCAGUUUACCUAGACCCAGUCGUGGAAGCAACGGUAGUGCCGCCGUACGCUCGUCACACCGUUCCAACAUCGCUACCCUUGAUGCUAGUCUUUGCAACAAGGGUACGGCUACGCUUCCCAAUCCGAAAAGUCGCAAAUCCCUGGUAGGCACUAUAAACCAGACGGACCGAGAAAAGGGUAUAUACUCAGAUGUUGAGAGCCAGGUGCUUAAAGCUGGAGGGGUUACCCAGACAGAGAUGCCAACCCAGUGCCAAGCUGGAAGGCAAGCAGGGGGAAAGUAUUCAGAAAUGUCCUCGCCAACACUGCGUAGGCUUUUUGGUGGCAAAUCUGGCAACAAGCAAGUUCCAGUCACCACCGUGGAGAACAUGAAGAACUCCACCGUCAUCUCCAAUCCCCAUGCUACUUCCCUCCAGCAGGGAAAUGGAGAUCUAGACACCCAAUCUGUCUCCAAUGGAAGCAGUAGUUCACUUUAUAGUGACAGUCUGACAGUGACCUCUCGAGGGAGUGGAGAACAGGGGCUUUCCUCCGUUGGUACCAGCCCUGGAUCAGCUUUCUCAUCUUGGGGAGGCCGGGAUGGAGUGAGCUGUCUUUCUCAAAGCCCCAAGCACACUUAUAGUGACUCAACGGAUGUUUCCAUGGGAAAGGAAGACUUUUGUUUGAAUCGAACCAGCAGUGCUCGAACUGGUCUCUCAGACAGGUAUGCCCAUGUGGCCCAGAUCAGAGGUCAUGAUGAGGCCCGUGAUUGGCUACGUUCUCCCUCUGCUGUUGGACUCCCAGACUCGGCAGGCUCCUCCCCUUUUCCCCCGGCCUCCGCACUCAGCUCGCCCUCCGGCACACGCUUCAACUUUAACAUACUUGGCAGUCCCACCACGGCUUCUCAGAUCCACCUUGCAAACCUACGCAGCACCAGCGGUCAGGGCAACCACGACGGCCCGUACGACCCCUGCGGUGACGCACGUCUUCGUAAUUCCUCUGUGAGCCUAGAAGAAAAGGUCCGCACCAUGAGCGGCUCUGGAUCGUUCAGGGAGGGCUUGGAAGAAGUUCAUGGUUCCUCUUUAUCUUUGGUCUCCAACACGUCUUCAGUUUAUUCUACGCCAGAAGAAAAGGCUCAGACCGAGAUCCGUAAGCUGCGCAGGGAACUGGAUGCCUCCCAGGAGAAGGUUUCGGCUCUUACCACGCAACUCAGUGCCAAUGCUCACCUUGUGGCGGCCUUUGAGCAGAGCUUAGGAAACAUGACCAUCCGGCUGCAGAGUCUGAGCAACACAGCUGAACAGAAGGACACAGAGCUGAAUGAUUUGAGAAAGACCAUCGAGCUCCUCAAGAAACAGAACACAGUUACUCAAGCCACCAUCAAUGGAGUCAUGAACACACCAGACCCCAACCGCAAAGUGUCUGUAGAUUCAGUCAACGGGUCGCCUCAGUCCCAGCGAGACAUGCAGAUCCACAGGCAGCCGUCCUCAGACAGCGUCUCCAGCAUGACCAGUGCCACCAGUCACUCCAGCAUCGGCAGCAGUCUGGAGCUGGAUGCCAAGAACAAGAAAAAGAAGAAAAACUGGCUACGGAGCUCCUUUAAACAGGCCUUCGGUAAGAAAAAGUCUCCCAAAUCGGCUUCUUCUCACUCGGACAUAGAGGAGAUGACUGACUCUUCUCUGCCAUCUUCACCCAAACUCAAUUAUAACGGCUCGACGGCCUCCUCGCCCAUGAUACGCAACUCUCACUCCAACUCACUGAUCUCUGAGUGUACGGACAGCGAUGCAGAAACAGUCAUGCAGUUACGCAGCGAACUCCGAGAGAAAGAGAUGAAACUGACCGACAUCAGGUUAGAGGCUCUCAGCUCCGCCCACCAGCUGGACCAGCUGCGAGAGUCCAUGAACCGCAUGCAGAUUGAGAUGGAACGGCUAAAAUUGGAGAACGAGCGGUUGAAAAUGGAUAGCCGGGGCAGCAGUAGCAGAGCUCCGUCUCAGGUGUCCAUCUCUCCAUCAUCUGUGGUCUUGUCUUCUCAACUGAGUCUUACCGAAUCCACCAGCCUGGAUAUGUUGUUGGAGGACAGUGGAGAUGGAACGUCCUGGAAAGAGGGACAGCAUGUCAAAGUUGUGGUUUGUCUGGAGAAAUAUCCCGAGUUGAAGGAGGAGUGCAGAUCAUGCCAGUAUCUCCUGGGCUGCAUUGGUGUCAGUGGAAAAACGAAAUGGGAUGUCCUUGAUGGUGUUGUAAGACGCCUCUUUAAGGAAUACAUAAUGUAUGUGGAUCCUGUGACUCAGCUGGGUUUGAACACCGACAGCGUGAUGGGGUAUAGCAUCGGAGAUAUUAAUCGCACUAGUGAUGCAGAGACACCAGAACUCUUGCCGUGUGGUUAUCUUGUGGGAGAAAGUGAUACUAUCUCUGUUAAGUUAAAAGACUUUUCUCUUGACAGUCAGGACAGUUUGGCAUUUGAGACGCUUAUUCCAAAGCCCGUUCUGCAGCGAUACAUAUCUCAGCUUGAGGAGCACAGACGAAUCAUCCUCUCAGGACCCUCCGGAACUGGAAAGAGCUUUCUGGCUAGCAGACUGGCCGAGUACAUGGUGCUAAAAGAGGGAAAGCAACUAGAACACCAGGCCAUCACCACCUUCAAUGUUGAUAACAAAACAACAAAGGAGCUGAAGCAGUACUUGUCUAACCUGGCUGAACUAUGUAAAAGCAGUGGACAGCUUGGGGGCGUGCCUGUAGUUCUCAUUCUGGACAACCUGCACCAAGUCGGUUCUUUGGGAGAGAUUUUCAGUGGCCUUCUCCAAUGCAAGCACCAUCAGUGUCCGUACAUCAUUGGGACCAUGAAUCAAACUCCCUCACCCACUCCAAACCUACAGCUUCAUCAGAAUUUCAGAUGGAUUUUAUGUGCCAAUCAUACCGAGCCUGUGAAAGGCUUUCUGGGUCGUUUCCUACGCCGGAAGCUUCUGGAGACAGAGAUCAGCAGUCGAGUAAGGAACGGGGAGCUGGUAAAAAUGAUUGAGUGGAUGCCGUCUGUUUGGCAUCAUCUCAACCGCUUCCUGGAAACGCACAGUUCUUCUGAUGUCACGAUUGGGCCGCGGCUCUUUCUGUCCUGCCCAAUGGAUGUUGAGGGUUCAAGGGUGUGGUUCACUGACCUGUGGAACUACUCCAUCAUUCCCUACAUGCUAGAGGCUGUCAGAGAAGGGUUACAAAUGUAUGGGCGUAAAGCAGCGUGGGAAGAUCCGGCGAAAUGGGUCAUUGAAAGUUUUCCCUGGGCAUCCAGCCCGCAACAGCACGAGUGGCAUUCACUGCUGCGACUCCGGCCGGAGGACGUGGGGUUCGACGGCUUCUCUCUGUCACAAGAGGGCAGUCCAGGCAAACAACCCACUCAGAGUAAAUCAGAGGAAGACCCUUUGAUGAACAUGUUAAUGAGACUGAAGGAGACGGCCCACUGCACAGGCACAGAGAGUUAUGACAGCGAUUCCACCAGCAAUAGUCACCAAGAUGAUGUGUUGGACUCUUCAUUAGAAUCUACACUGUGAACAAUAAUUACAAUUACGUUUAUGCGUUUGGCAAACGUGUACAUUCAUCAGUAUGUGUGUUCCCUGGGUACCAAACCCAUGAUCUUGGGUGUUUCUUGCACCUUGCGCUACAAUUACAGUUGGGACCAGGGCUCAUUUUUAAUAUUGAGUUUUGUUUUAAGCAAUUCCAGGGUGCUGGAAACCCUGGACAUUCAUGGAAAUCAAGGUGCUGGUAAGCCUAAAAAUCAUCAUUCUACAGUAAGGUACACAAACCCUGAUUGCACAUCCACUGGAAUGAAACCCCUCCGAUGAUAUAAAAUCAGUAUUUUAUAGACACAAAACGUCAGAGCCAGUGGUUUCAUUUUCUGAAAUGGACUGUAGAUGGCAGUAUAGCUUUGCGUUUUACUUCUGAGGAGGCACCUCCUUGUUGCACACCACCCCAUGAAGCAACAUUCUUGGAAAUUCUUGGAUUAUCAUUAUAGAAUUCUUGCUAAACAUUUUUAACUGGAUCUCAUUUUGGGUGAUUUUAAUGCACUAGUGAAUAUCUUUGGUGUUUUAUAAUAAUGCCUUUAUGUCAGUCCAACUAUUAUGAGGUGCUAACUGACGUAUGUGUUACAGAUUUGUAACUUUAUACAAAACCAAGACAUUAUAGGUUUCAAAUGGUGCGCUGUAUGUGAUCUAAUAGUGAUAGUUGAACUAUAUUGUAGUUGCUUUUUUGGCAACAAUAGACUUGUGUUGUUUGGAGAAGUAGUGAAAAUAUCAAAGCUAUCAAGAUCUUCUGGGAAUUUAUUUCAUUUUAUGUUCAGAGAUUUAUGUGUGCCUCUUUUUAUGUCACAAACAUUAGUUAACAGGACACCUGUUUACAUAAACGUUAACCUCUAUGCAAUAUUGUUAUAUUUAAAGAAUUUUUACUAUUCAUUUGACUGGUAAACUUUAGUCAGCUGGACUAGAUUAUGUUGGUAAAUAAUCUACCAAACAUAUCAGACAUCUAUCAGAACCAUCUGAAGAACCUCAAGCCACACUGUCGGCUGUCAUUUUGUUAUCAGUUUCUGCAAGAUGUCCUUUAGUUUUGAACUACUUGAAAAAGAGGGUGCCUGAAUAUCCUUUUUAAGUACUUAAAGGAAACUCGAAAGGAAAAUUUAUAGAAGGUUCAAAUUGUAAGUCUUUUAAUAUUAACAGUGGUAGCACUUUUGUAAUAACUUGCAUUUUGGUUGCUAAUAAGAUUUUUACAUUGCAAUGAUUUUACAAUUAGGAAGACCUAUGGACAAAACUGACUAUGCUUUUGUAAAUUCUUAUGCUUUCCAAAUAAUUGUAAUUCUACAGCUUUCGGGCAAGGACAAAUGAGAGUCCUCUAUGUAAGAGUGUGUUUAUCCAAAAUACUUGUUGAGAGAAGAAAGGUCCUUCUUUUGUGCAUAUCAUUGAGGACUACACACUAAAGAUCUUUGGGGGUAGUUAUACAUACAUUCAAAAAUAGUCUGGCCCAUGGGUGCGUGUGAUGUGCUUUACUCUGAAUUGAGGGUUAGCUGUCUUAGUGGCCCCCUCAGGAGCAUUAACGUGGCCCACAUUUGCAUGCGGUCCAAAUAGAUUAUACAGAGGGUAACUUUAUUUGGGUGACUGCAUGUUAUUUUAAACACAAAAUUAAGUGCUUUAGGUUAUCUCUCCUAUGAUUUUCAAAAAUAUGGUUGGAACAAAUUUUGGGUAGUUUUUGCAAAUUUUCCUAGACACUGCCAAUAAUCUAGCUGGGUCUCAAGUACUGCCGAUUUAGCAUACUGUACACGUGGAAAAGUUUGUCAAUAUAAUAAUAUGAGAGUUUAAAUGAAAAUCAUAAAGCACAAGAACAGUAUUUACUUUCCCAUGAAUUUCCUGGUAUACGUUUAGAAAUAAGACUGAAUUUUGAGUUUGUUUUUGUAUAUUUUCAGUUGUACUAUAUUUUUUGUAAAUAUUUUGCCUCAAAUCUUAGUCUUCAGAUAAAGUUUUUUGUAAAGUUGUUAUCUGUUGAGUUAAUUUUAAAUUUUAGUGCUCCCAUGUGACACUUUUUAAAAUAAAUGUGAUUUUCUU